AUGCUUCUAUUAUCACUAAGCUUGCAAAGGCUAAUAUUGAAUACAUGUGAAGAAUUUGAAAUUUCUACCAAACAUGUCUCAAAGUUAAUCAAUUUGAAGCAUCUUGAGAUUACUGAUGCAAAAGUCCUUGAAGAGAAAAAAACGACAUCUGGAUUUAGAAAAUUGGACAUGGGAGAGCGAUACAAGGGUGAACAUUUUUCAAAUUGGCUUUCUCCACUUUCCAAUAUUGUUGACAUCACUCUCCAUAAUUGUGAAGGUUUGAAGUAUCUCCCACCAAUGGAACGUCUUCGGUUCCUUAGGUCUGUACGUUUAAGUCACCUUCCUGAACUGGAGUACAUAUAUUAUGAAGAACCAUUUUUGUUUGAAACAUUCUUCCCAUCUUUAGAAAGACUCUUUUUAUGCGAAAACAAUAAGUUGAAGGGAUGGUGGAGGAUGAACGAUGUUGUCAAUGAAGAUGACCAUAACUGUUCACAGUCACACAAUCUCUCCUUGCCUCCAUUUCCUCCACAACUUUCUUUUUUAACAAUUGACGAAUGUCCAAUGUUGACCCGUGUGCCUACUUUUCCAAACCUUGACAAGAGACUACAAUUCCGUAGUUCCAAUAUGGAGACAUUGGAAGCAACAAUAAACUCAAAAUGUUUGAUUGAAUUCCCUCCUCUUUCCAAGCUAAAAUACUUGCAGCUAGAGAACGUUGAUCUGGAUAUGAAAAAAUUCCCAGAAAAUUGGGUGCAAAAUCUAACUUCUCUGGAGCUUCUUGAAGUUGUCAAUUUUUCUGAUAAAAAAAUUCAGGAUAUUGGAACUUGGUUUUUGGAAGACUUCAACUAUCUUCCUUCCCUCCAAAAAAUUGAAUUUUGGAAGUGUUCAGAACUAAAGACAUUGCCAGAUUGGAUUUUGAACCUCUCCUCACUUCAGCACAUCACCAUUUAUUACUGUGAAAUUAUAGCUUACCUGCCCGGAGGAAUGUCUCGUCUUGCCAAAUUACAGACCCUAGAAAUAGUUAAUUGUCCCCUCUUAAUGGAAGAAUGUGAGACAAUAACAAGUGCAACAUGGUCCAAAAUUGCUCACAUCCCAAACAUAAUCUUAAAGGUACCCACCCACAUUUCCCAAACAUAA